GAGUCCGACGUUUCUCAGUGCUAGCUUGUGAGCUUUCGAAGCUGUUUGUGUUCGUUGCCGUCUCCUCUGUUGUACAGGGAAUGUUAAAUAAUAUAUUAAGUUUAUAGUACUUUGAACAAACGUGAAAGAAACAAGGAGUGUAAAUAAGGAUUUCGAUAUUUAUAGCACUGAAUGGAUAAUAUAAACGAAAGAGACUCACCGUGUUUGGUGAUGGUUUAUGGGAACAAGAAUUUUUCAAAGUGGAAACAAGUUAACAGUGAAGUUUCUUUCAAUUUUCAACACAUGGCUAAGGAACAGCCCAAGAAUUCUCUCUCGGUGCCUUGACUGUUUUUCCUGCUAUGGAAAGAGUUUGAAUCUAAUGUGCCAACUUUGUUGCAUCUUUAUCUCGGGAAUAAACCAGCGUACAGUCGAAGUUUGAAUACUUCUCAGAAUUAGUCCAGCGUACAGUCGAAGUUUGAAUACUUCUCAGAAUCGCAAUCUUCGCUAGUCAGACCAAGCAAACUAAGCCUAAAAUUUAACAUUGCCGAUAUGAUAACGAAAAGUAUAGACAUCGUAGCCCCGACUCGCAUUCAACUUCCUGUGGUAUUCAUCAGCGCCUGCCCUGGCUUAGAGCUUACCCUGAAAUUACCUUCAGUCGAAGAAACUGUCAUAAUUUCCGGAAACAAUCACCAGUCAGGAGACGCUUCUCUGAAGUCAUCGCCUACACCACCCUCGCCUGUUCCGGCAGGAGUUUCACCGGUAUUGUCUCACCCUACAAGCCCUAUAGGUUAUAUGAACAAAGGAUGUAAUGACGAUUUCCAACGUAUUAACAGAACAAUUCAGAAAUUGAAAAUGUGUGGUUAUUAUUACGAAGGGUUGUCGUGGCAACAGGCAUCCAAUCUACUUCAGAAUAAGGAAGUAGGGACAUUUUUAGUUCGGGACAGUGCGAAUCCACGCUUUCUAUUUUCCGUCAGCGUACAGACGGAAAGGGGCCCUACAAGUAUAAGAAUACAUUAUUCCCGCGGGCAGUUUCGAUUAGACUGCCCAGACUCGCUUGUGGUUCGUAUGCCGUUAUUUGAAUGUGUUUUACAGCUCGUAGAAUAUUUUGUUCGAUUGAGCCAGUCUGUCAAGGCGUCUUUUUGUGUUUGGCUAGACGACUCGGGACGAAGGGAUAUCAGAGUUCGGCUAUAUAAGCCGCUUUAUAAACAUGUUUUGUCACUCCAGCAUCUGUGCCGUCUGACCGCCAACAAACAGUUGCAGGCUCGUGCCGAUCCUGCCCUCGGCUCUUGGCUCGCUGAUGACAGUAUUGACACUUUAGAAAUUCCAAAACCAGUGAAAGCUUAUCUCAGGGAUUAUCCCUAUCCACAUUAACUUCGUUGUCUUUGUAGAUUUUACUUGCCCGUAGUACUUUGUGUUGUGUGUGUUAUAACCAAAUGUAACUGUAUAUACUUGAUUUUACCGAAAUUAUUAUAGUAUUGUUUGAGAAGCUUACCUUAUUGAUGGGACCAAUAAUAACGUUUCUUGACAGUAUAUUAGCAAGAAAUAUACAUAAAAAAUAACUUUUAUAAACCAACCUAUUUCCACGACAUUUCAGUCAUCUACCAAAAGUUUAGAAUACAAUAACUGUCGAUAAUUGACGCCUUAAUUUUAACUUAACCUUCUAAAGAAUUAUAUACUUAAAUUAUACUAGUGCCUGAUAGGCCCGAGAGUUGUGGUCAUGGUAAUGUAGAAGAUAUUUACAGGUUUGUUGUUGUUUUUAAUUAGCGUAAUAUAUAUGAAACACGUAAUCUGCUCUUUAACUUGAGUUGCACUCUGCCAAACUCGGAUAAACCGAUCACAGGGCACUGUGUUCGUGGGAUUAAAGGUAACAGUUAAGUUAAAACAAAUUACUGUGUAGCAAGCUGCAGCGAAUAUCCUGCAGUAGUUUGCCUUUUCGUGCCUCGAAACGAAUAAUUCUUGCCGAAACAAAAGAUUAAUCACUUGCACAUGAUGGGAACGCCUUUCUUCACAGUCAUUAGUAUAAAUUUCAGGUCAGAAUCAUGACUUUUAAUCUGCUUCAUCGCGUAUGUUACUGCAUUUUUGUAAUGCUAAAACAUCAGUAUUUGCUUUGUUUGUUCACAAAAUACUUCCAGAAAUAACAUUUUCGAUACAUUCUUCCAUCGUUGACUUCCAUUUUACAAAAAGAGCUGUAUGUUUCACAAAGUUAAAAUACAAAAGUUCGGGACUAUUACAAAGAUAAACCAACUUUUUACUUAAAAAAAAAAUCACUACCAGUUAGUGAGAACUUUGUGAAUAUAGCCUACUGUAUCUAACGAGUUUUAUGGUAACCUUAAACUACCUGCGUGCUUUUUGUGAACUAAAACUAUUAUGCUUUAAUAUGCAUAAAAUAUAAACUAAUUUUGUUCGGAUCGAGUAAAAAUGGUAAUGCAAAACUUAAGUUUAGUAUUAUCCCGAUUAAUAAAGUGUAGAAUAGAAAUUUAUGUUGGCUAAUUUCAAUAAUUGAAGUUAUUUGGUGGCUUAUAGUGAAGUUGUGUCACUAUGCUCCAAAUCUGUUUCGAUUUUUUGCAGUGUUUACAAAAUUUUAUAAUAAAUAAGCGAUACGUUUCUUCCUGAUCCUCUGCUUAUUUCAGUGAAAUACACUUCGUUAUAAAAUCUUCUAUUGUAUUAUUUAUUAUUAUUAUUAUCAAUACAACGUUUGAUUUCCAUACUUGACCGUUGACAUUUACUUGUCUAACUUCGCUUGUUUUCUAGCAGGUUUUAUCAAAUCGAAGUUCUUAGAAAAGGGGUCGUUGAAAUUAGACAAGAUAAUACUACCAGUUCUACCAAGAACUGUUUAGAAUUAAUAUUUCUAAGCGAGAAAGCAAUCUGUUAUGCAUCAGUAGUCAGAGCGUACAGGUAGUAAGAAUCCUCACAAAAAACAACAAAACGCUACAUGUCACAACACGGUUGCAAAGGAAAGGGAAGAUCGAACAGUAACAUGCAUAAGCAAAUAUACUGAGCUAGUAAGUGAAUAAAUUGUGUACAGAACCUAGAGACAAAACUUUUUGGUCUUUGCAACGUAGAUUAAACCUCCUGUUAUCUAUUUUAUGUUAUUGGUUUCUUAAUAAACUUCCAAGUUAAAGAUUGUGAUUAAAUCUUGGACAGUUUUGAUAAACAAUUCAAUCAGGAAAAUUCAAAACGUGGAUAGCUUUGUUUUCCAAGUCAGUUUCAUCAUAAAUGAAUAUGAAGUUUUGGAAGAUAACAAUUCAAAUGUUAUGCAAGUUAUAAAUUUCGAUUGGGCUGGAGGAGAGUAGUGUGUAUAGUUCACUAUUUUAUUGAAACGUCAAUAAUUAAGGCUGUCUCGUUGCAUUACGAAUUAUGGUUUUCUAACACAAUUUGCGGAUCUCGUGUUCAGAGAGAUCUGGCAGAAAUUAGGAACUGCUUUAGAUUCUGAAAAUCACAUUUAAAGCAAUGAUUUUUUUAAUUAACAUUAGUCACAGUAAGGUUAAGAUUUUCUGAAACGUAUACAAUAUUACUAGAAACGCAUUAACUCUUAUUAUAGUGUUGUUUUAGAAUUAUUGUAAAAAUAUUGCGAACGAAACGUUAUUUAUUUUCUGUCGUGUCUUAUACAUAUUAAAAUAUG